AUGGCGGAGCCGCUGCGGCCCUUCCGCUUGCGCGGCUACGGCAGUCCGCAGAAGUUCGGCGUGGCGGCCAGGAGCCUGCGGGAGCUGCUGCGGAAGGGCUGCCGCCUGCUGCAGCUUCCCUUGCCAGGCAGCCGCCUCUGCCUCUACGAGGACGGCACGGAGCUGACCGAGAGCUACUUCCGCACCCUGCCGCCGCAGACGGAGCUGGUGCUGCUGGGUCCCGGAGAGAGCUGGCGGGGAUGUGCCAGCGACAUCGAGCGGUUCCUGGCCGCCUUCUGCAGCCAGGGCGAGGCGGUGGUGGCGGCGGCGAGGAGGCUGCUGGCGGACGAGAGGGCACCCCGCAGGCAGAAGCUGCUGGCGGAUCUCGUCCACAACCUGAGCGAAAACAUCCUGGCCGAGGGCAGGGAAGAGGACAAGAGCUGGUUUGAAGGUGUGGAGUCUCGCUUUAAGAGCAAAUCCAGCUACAUGCGGUACAGCUGCCAGAGCAGGAUCCGGAGCUACCUGAAGGAGGUUAGUAAUUUUCUGUCCAACGUUCAUCCCACGGGAAGAGAGGCCUACAGAAGGAUAAUUGACCUGAUGGCAGAGAGGCUGAAGGCUGUGAAGUACAACGGGGGCUACUUUGACAGGAGGGAGGAGGAGGAGGCAACUCGACUGUGCACCGCUGAGGGGUGGUUCUCCUGCCAGGGUCCCUUCGACUGCACUGCCUGCCCCAGCAAGCACUCCAUCAACCCCUACAGCAACAGGGAGAGCAGGAUCCUCUUCAGCACCUGGAACCUCGACCACAUAAUCGAGAAGAAACGUGCUGUCGUCCCUCAGCUGGCAGAGGCUGUCACAACUCGAGAUGGAAGAGAAGUGAACUGGGAAUACUUCUAUCAGCUGCUGUUUACAGUGGAGAAUUUAAAGCUUGUACACAUUGCUUGCCAUAAGAAAACCAAUCACAACCUGAGCUGUGACAAAAGCAGGAUCUACAGAACGAAGCAGCCGAAGCACAAGAGGUGCUAGAGCUGCCUCUGGGCAGCUCACAUCAAGCUGUGAGCUUGAGCUCCAAACAGCUCCAGCCGACUGAGGAGGCCCUGGCAAAUGCCUUGCCAAGGCUGCAGUCUCCCAGCAGACCCAUUCAAGUGGUGCCUAACUCUGCUCCUCUGCCUCCUCCCUUACUGCAGCUGUCCCUCAGCCCACCUGUGUUGCGAGGCAGAGCGCAGGGAGGAGGCCAGAGGCUGACACUGACUGCACCCUGUGGGCUCUUCUAGACCCAGGCCUCACCAUGCCCAUGAAACUCAGACAAAGCAGUUCAGAGCUCAGCUGAGGGCACUUGCAGGUCGCUGUUUCUCUGCACAUUAAGCCAAAGAAAGAAUUCCUCUGUGCCUUUUCCAGGUAGCCAGCCAGGGAAUCCAAAGCUGCUGGCUCUCCUCUGCCAAACCCCUGCACUCCCCUACCCCCUGCAUCUCCUAGGAGGAAGAGCACAGCCAUGGGUUUGCUUUUCCCACCUUUGCUCUCAGCUGUCUCACUGUUCUCCCUCUUCAGCUUGAGUUUGCUGGGAGCAAACAAGCUCUGGUGCUACAUAAAUCAUGUCAGGCUGCUGCUGCAGAGGACACUGCCUCUACAACACCUCCCUACCUCAGCUACCAAAGCAGAGAUCAUUUGUACUUGAUUCAUUUUUAAUAGCAGCUGGUAGCAACUGAACUGUUAGGGACUAGCAAUGAAAAGGAUGUGAAAUAAAAGAAUUGCCACCACCUCUGUGUAUGUCUGAAGGCAGAGGUGCAGGAGUGCUUGGUCAUGGGUUGGAGCUGGGGGAAGGCAGAUUGAGACUGAAGAUGAGCAGCUCUGUGUCUGGCUACAUCCAGGACAGGGGCAGUUCUGUAUCUGUGUUUAUAGAACCAAGAUGGAAGCACAGAGGCUGCUGGCACUGGGGAAGGCAUCACAGCAAAGAGUCUGCUGACAAACAUCAUCACUCUUGCCACCAACUGCACAUCAGCACUUUGCACAGCCCUGAAACCAAGCUGUGUGAAAGCAGAGCUGGCACUCGAGGCAAAGCUGGGAGAGCUUCUCCACAUUGGAGUUGUGCUGAACACCAUGAAUAUGCCAUUAAAAAUUAGAUUUUUUUUCUUUUGUGUUACAGGGUUGGGAGUGAACAGGAGCCAGGAGAGCUCAUUGGCAGAAACAAUGCCUCAUCUGGAGU